AUGACUUCAUCCAGCCCCCGCAAGCAAAAGAAAUCCCAGCAGUCCAACAUCAAGGUGCUGCUGGCCGACACCAUCGGACAAUCGCUGUACGAGCGUCUCCUGCAAGCCCGACUCGACUGUCCCGUCACCCACUGGGCACCUGUGCACCAUCCUCUCGCUCCUCAGCCCUCAUCUAUCAUCAACUGUAACCUCAGCAUCAACAGCAGCAGCACCAUCACCUCGUCCCCAUCAACCUCCACCUCCGACUUCAAAAGCAUCCCCUCCAGCCGCACCAGCCAUGACUCUUUCCACAAACCCUCUUCACCCAUCCACCCACCCCUCCCCUCCAACCGCAUCAUAACCCUCGCCGGACCCAUCACCACCUCCCUCCCCAUCCUCACCACCAUCACCCACCUAGCCGCCAAACACAGCCAAGUCUCACACAUGUCCCUCCUCGACCCGAGCUACACCAUCUUUCUCAACACCACCCACACCGCGGCGCUCUGUUUCAAAGUCGUGCACCAAACGGCCAUCAUAGCCGGCGACCCCAUCAGCUCUGAAGAGAACAUCCCAUCUCUCCUCUCCGAAUUCAAAACCUACCGCAAAGCUCACCUCCUCGGCAUGGCCUUCCUAGGCGCCAGCCCGCGUCUCACACACUACGCCGAAACCCAGACAUCAACCGGCAGCAAAUCCACCAACAACUGGACAAUGCUCCACUUCGGGACCUCACGCGUCCUCAACCCCACCACCAACGCCCUCCUCAACGAAUCAACCGGAAAGCGUCUCCUCCUGCAGAACAAACAACUCCUAAACCCAAAUAAAGGCGGCAUAACCCUAGACAUAUACAUCCCUGGCAGCAAUACCACAUUGGAAAAUGAAUUACAGGAUAUCUACACAACCUGGCGCACCACCCGCAACACAUCCACCACCCCCCAAGCCUUCAUCACCGAAUACACCUCCCCGUUCUCGUCGACCCUCCUCCCCUCCCUCAUGACAUACAUCUACGCUAAGGAUAAAGACGGCGUGCCACUCGCCUUCGCAGCCCUACGCUACUGCGGCGCUAACAACGGAUACCAUAUUGAUCCGUGCGUUGCGCUGCCGACAGCUCCCAAGGGUUUGACAGACCUGUUGAUGUUUGCUGCGAUGGCGCUGUGUCGGCAUGCCGGGGUGUCGUAUCUGAGUGUGGGGUUCGAGCCGUUGGAGGAGCUGGGUGAGGUGAGGGGGUUGAGGGGCCCGUUGGAGCAUCUUGCUAGAGGGGCGUAUCGGUUUGCGUUCAAGCGGUUGCCGUCCAUUCAGGGAAAGAAAGCGUAUCAUGAUAAGUGGAGGACGGAGGAGGGGUUGGAGGAGAGGUUGUUUUUGGUCUUGACCGGGGCCGGGGGCGGGUUGGGGGUCGUGGCGGUGACGCAUGUUGCGAAUGUGAAGAUCAGGAGGGUGGUUUGGGGGUGA